UGUGGACUUAAUAAUUAUUUUUAGUUAUUUAAGUUCUUCGAUUAGCAACAAUAUCAAGCGAAAAGUCGGGAAAAACGGGCAUUGUUGUGCUGUGUGUGUUCUUUUUGUUGGACAAAUCCGUCGUCGUUUAACAAUUGAGGUGCUAUCGCGAAUGAAUCAGUUAGUGUUGAAAUUCUCAAAGUCAAUUUUUGUACAUGAGCCAAACAUUGAACAUCGCUCGAAUGGAUCCCACCCAGAUUACGGCGCUGGCGAAACUGUUGAAGGAAAGCGGUGAUAAAGUCCUGAAUUCUGAGUUCAAACUUACGUUAUCAGGAUCGCUGCUGAGGGCACUAAACGAUUCUUUCAGCUUGAUCGUGGACAAAAAUGAAAUUCUACCACCCCAAAGCUUCCAAGUAGUAAAACCCAACAAUGCCAAAUCAGACGUGUUCCGAGAUUUGCAGUUUGUCUACGAUUUCGUACAAAAGACAGUUAUUCUAAGCUUAAACCAGUUCAUCAACGAUGAUCCCUACGAGUCUGCCGUGGACAUAAGCAAGUUCCGUAGUUUGCGAUCACUAGAAGUGCAGAAGAUACCAAUCAAUCAGAUUAUCGGCAUGCAGCACCUCAGAGGACAACUUCAAACUCUGGCCUGCGUACGGAGCAUAUCUGAUGUAUCGGACGUAUUGGUUAGCUGUGGAGGCGACAAUUUAGUGGAAGGAAAUCAGUGGCGUUCACUGAAAAGCAUAAAUUUUGCUUACAACAUGCUCGAUUACGUCGAUAGCUCGCUCGAGCUGACUCCUUGGCUCGAGUUACUCGAUCUGAGUCAUAAUCAGCUGGUGAGCGUUUCGGCCGUACGUUGUUUGCCAAAUUUACGAGUGCUCAACCUAAGCUAUAAUCGAUUGAAUCACAUCCCGGUAUUCCAUUCGGACGCAACGCGAAAGCUUAGAGUCCUACAGCUGGCGAACAACUUCUUGGAAGAUCUUGAAGGUUUAUGCUUACUGUCUCACGCCUUGACAGAGCUAGACAUAUCGGCAAACUUUAUCAUAGACCACGCUGCAUUAUUACCGUUAAGCACCCUUUGUGCUCUGCGGUCCGUUUGUCUGUUGGAUAAUCCAUUAGCGUGCCAUCCGAAGCAUCGACAGGCUACAGCUCGCUACUUGAAUAGUGCCACAUCCGAUUACAAGUUCCUUCUUGACAACGAACCCCUAUCACGUUAUGAAAAAACUCUUACUGGCAAUUAUGAUAGCUAUAAAGCUAUUUUGGUACCCAGCAUCGUGUCUACACUGGGUAUGGUCUCUAGUGGUAGGAGCACUCCCAAUUCAAGUACCAGGAUGGCAACCAAAGACAGAGAUACCGGGAUUGGUACUACUCCGGAUAAUAUGAACCAGUCUGUUACCAGUCAGAAGAAGGUACCUAUGCGUACAGCAGUGAUAUCAGAAAGCGAUCAUGUUGAUCAGGAUUCGAACAUCGCCAAUUCUCAUAUGGAAUUAGGAAAAACGGGUAGCUCAAGGUUCAAUUUCGAGAGUAGUCGUGAACAUCUGAAAACAAAAGAGGCACUUGAAAAACUUCGUGACGAACACGGGAAUGAGUGGCUGCAAAACUAUCCUGGGCAUAUGGUACGAAAUCUGGUUGGUUUUAGCCCUGAUCAUGACAAGGAGUAUGGAAGCAUAGAACAUUACCAACCAACAAAAUCUCUAACGACUCGAGAGUACAUCUCAACGAGUCAGCAAGUAAACGCCACACCCGCAAAACCCAGCCCAAUACAGCUAGAUUCGGUGGCAACUGUUCAGCUUGAAGACGAAAUUCAGAUACUACCGGAUCCGUCAAUUGAAAAUACUGCCAAUUCGAAUAGCAGCCUUGAUCAGGAUACCAUGGAUCCAAUCGGUCUGGACGGCAUAUAUGCCAUAAGGAUAGAAGAAGAAGAAGAAUCUGAGACAGAGGAUAAUGAAGUGUUGUAUCACGCAACUGCUCGCGAAAGUGAAGCAAAAUUAUCUAUCGUCGUUUCUGAUAAGAGUAUCAAGGAAAAGGACACAGUUGGAAAAACGAAAACGCGUUGGGGGAUCAAGACAUUGGAAGCUUGCGAAAGACCAACCUCUACUCGCAUCAUACUAUCAUUUGAUAUCAUUAAAUCGGACAAAAAGGAGCGAGUAUAUGAGAUGGAUCCUCAUGAUUGUCAAUUACUUGAAAGUAGACUGCGUAAUGUUCUCUCAAAAAGGCCGUUAUCGGAGAUGAAUUUACGGCUAUAUAAGUGUGUUGUUUGUAAUACUAAAUCAGCCCGCCAAAUCGACCCUACUCGUGUUAGCGAGGAAGUGCAUAUAUGCCCAGCAUGUCAUGGUCCGUACUUAAUCCAAAUAAAGGAAAAUCAGGUCAAAAAGGAAUCUUCGUCGAAUAUCGUUGGUUCAUCUUGUAGUGAUCAACUUCCUGCCGUUUCGAACGAGGAUACAUCGAACCCUACACCCGGAACAUCUGGCAUGUUUACUGCGGAGCCAAGCAACUUCUACACAAGUGGUUCGAAUAUUAGUUUGGGUACACCAUGGAAAUCACCGUUGAAGAAUAAACCUAAGUCCAGUGGAUCCUUAAACGAUUCGUCAUCGUGCUCACGGAUAUCUCAAACAGGGAGUUCUUGUGACUCAAAUCAAAGCGUUGCCGGAAGUACAAAUUCUGAACGUGAUCGUGAUGUAGAUUUGUUGGGCAAUGACAGUGAUAUAGAAGUGUUGAGCAAUCCAAGUCAAAGCAGCAUAGAGGUCCUUGAUCGAGGAUAUCACCCAAGUCGGAAAGCUUCGGAAGAAAGGCGUAUUUCGAGCCUUGAAACUGUGAACAAGUAUAACACAGACAGCAAGGAACAGCAGGAGACACUGAGCACAGAGUUUCAGCAUCACCACCAGUUGGAGAGUAGUUCAUUGAAAAUAAGUGCUGAUGAAGAAUCACGAAAAACGGACGAGAAGGAAGAUGCAUCAAUGAAGAAAUCGCCGGGCGUUGCAAAGUUGCAUGCCCCGGUCGCAAGCAAGAAAGGUUUUUUAACUAGCAUACAUUUAACAGAGAGUUCUAGCUCUGGCUCGGUCACAGACAGUGUAUGUACGGCGUAUGAGUCAACUCAAGGAUCAAUAGAAGUAGUCUGCAAUAAAUCAAACGAGCAAGAGUCUGCCAUCACAAUUACCGGACAGGAAUCGUUGAAUGAAUCAUCUAGAAUUGAGCAGAAAACCAGUACGGAAAGUAUUUCAAUUGGCGUAGAAAAUGCAACAAAAGUACCGACAGUACAGUCAGACAGUACCGUGCUUUCAAGUGUGCUUGGAGUAGUUCUCCAGUCCACAAACAUGCUCAUGGCUAAAACCCCCAAAGGAAAGGCAGAAGAAAGUUCAGUAAAAAUAUUCUACGAGCCAAUACGCUACAACUAUUAUGACUACAGUAACGUUGACCAUCGUUUGAAGCUGUACCUAUAUCAGAAUUUAUUCGAAGACACUAACGAGUCUUUGAAAUGGUUAGUCUCGUGUAUCGUUUUCGAUGAUAACCGCGCUGAUGAGUGGCCUUCAGGAUUUGACGGUCUGUUCAUCAUGUCCACCACCAAAUUUUACGUUAUGAAAAAGGUGGCUGCAGAAAAUGACGAUCCAACUACCUGGUUAAAAAAGUAUAUUGCCGGAACAAUCGAUCGCGUUGGAAUAGCUCAACCAUUGCCUUGGAAAAUAGGUAUCAAGUUUAUCGUCAGUGCAAUUGGUGGGGUUCACGUUGUAUUGCAGGAUAUACUUCGAACCGAUAAGUUGAUGCUAUUUUUUAAUGAAAAUCCACUUCCACCUUAUUGUACCCUUGAUUAUCAACCGUCCGAUCUAUUAAACAGCAAACUUAAAAAAGCCGCCAAUGGUGAUGCUGUAAAAAUGGUGAUGAUAGUAAAUUUCUGCGACGUGGUAUCAAAUGACGAACUACAAAGCGUUCAGUUGUCGACAUUGGUCAUUACUGCGAAGCAUUUGAUGCUAGUCCCAGACAUUCGCUGGAUUAAUGAGAGCUCAGCUUAUCCAGUAGUACCGAAAUUCACGCAACUCGUGAUCGACAUUGUCGAGCUGGAAGAGAUAAACGAUUUAUCUUGUCGGUUGCACUAUGCGAACGAGCAGGAAGACAAGGAGGAAACUUGGAGUCUGAUUUUUGCUACAGAAACGGCUAAGGAGAGCACCGUAAACACUAUUUGUCAGUUGUGGGAAAUGUUUUUUGGCGUACCGAUGACAAGACGGCAAUAAAGUCAGACAAUAGAUCCGAGAAUCAAUAGAUGUUAAGUGAAAAUGAUAGGGUACGCGAUAUUAGUGUGCUAUAACGAAAAAUAGGUUUGUGAGUUAAACAACUAUAUGACAGUGAUAUUAGUGUAACAUAAUUUGUGUUGGCAAUGCUGUAUUAGUGUGUUUAACAGCGUGCUUAAGAAGCAAUCCAGGAAGUUCGCUAUUGUAUAAAAUAUAUACAUGAUGCAAUAAAGCUCAUAAGAAACUUGCAAAUAAACAAAUUUUCAAGGAAAAA